UUCCCCUGUAAAGUUUGAGUCUUUUUUGGCUCUAGGCAGGAACUCUGAUUGUUUGUGAUCGCCGCCGGUGGUUGAUCGUCGUUCAUUUCCUGCUUGACAAGGUUGGAUCGGAAUGGGACCGGGCGGUUGGGCCCCGCCGGGGCCGGGUGGACCUGGGCCUGGACCAGGGCCGGGCGGGCUGUUUGGUGGGCUCUGUAAUAUCAUAGGCUGUUGCCUGAAUUUUCUGUGCUGUUGCUGGUUAUUCCAAGACUGCUUCGGUGGUGGUCCACUGGGCCUUCCUUUUCCUGCACCUGGCCCAAUGGGCCCUCCCUUUGCUCCUCCUGGCCCGAUGGGCCCGCCUCCUCCUUGAUCAGCUUUAACUCUGCAUUAGGAACAUUGCAAUAUCGCCAUGUUUUCUUGGCCUCGUGCUGGAAUGUAUUUACCAAAAUUAAAUAAAGACACUGCUUGUUA